UCGUCUCGGUCUCAGUUUCCCUUGCACUUACGCACUUGCUGGUUAUAAUACUUACUCUCUCGCUCCCUCUCUCUGUCGCUUCGCUCCGUGUAUACUCCCGCGAAAGUCGAAGCGCAAGAUCGAAGACCAUUUUUGCAUUAACCAAGGUGCCUUGCGUUUUGGGCUCGGACGAAACGUCACGGGGCCCACGGCAAAAAAAAAAAAAAAAAAAAAAAAAAAAGACUGAUUUAUUAGUUAUACCGUUGUGUCCUUGUUAUUGCUACCCAUAGGAUUUUAGCGGUUGCGUAUAUACGUUGUACAGGCACACCAGGAGGCCGGAGAGGAUGGAAAGUGCCGUUUAUUGGACUACCGAUUUUUGUUGUAAUUGUCGUUGUUUUUGGUUUUGUUGCGCUCGGAGGCAAGGGUAAUGGUCACCGAGGCAAUUGGUGCGCGUACGUACGAAUGCAUGUUGUCGAAACGAGUGGAACGGCAGAGGCAUCGGAUGAAGCAGCAGUGCGACGCAACACGCACGCAUUGUACAGUGGCGAGGGCAGUGCAGUAGCAUAUUAUAUCGUACCCCAUACGCGUUUCUAGAUCGGGAUCGAUACAACUGAAUGGCACCUCAUUUAUGGAAGAAGAGUGAACCUAAGCGGGCAAAUUGUUCGAUUGCGUUUUACGAGGGGAUCGAAGAUACCAGAGACAUGCAAUUAUUGCAGCGCUGCUCCCGGAGCAGCUACAUCGGGGAUUAUUAUCGAAACGGUACAAACACGAGCACAUCGGUAUCGACAACGACGGGAUCUGCGGCAGCCAGAGGCAUCGGCCCGCCGUCAUCGGUGACCGGUCCGAGCAGACCCAAGCAGCCGACCAACGGCUCGAUUCGCCAGGCCAAUCUAGCACCGAGCACCACCCGGGCGAGGGUGGCUCACCAUCACUACCAACACAGCCAACAGCAACAGCAGCAAAACCAACAAAAUAAACCAUCGGCUCAGCAACGGGGGAGCGCCUCGGCGAGGGCACUGCUGAGUAAAGGAGGCCCCGGUGAGUCGCUGAGGCGCUCGGAUGACCUGGCCGGGCAAAGAUCGGCUUCUGGCAGCGCUCAGGACCUCUGCGACAACUCCAACGACUCGGGGCUCGGGUUCGAGGAGCGCCAGCAGCAGCUCAGCAAGGCCACCGCGUGGAGCGGAUCCCCGUCGUCGGUCGGGGGCGAGGAGGACACCAAGCGCCGUAAGAUGGACAUGAAGCUCGAGUCCGAGGACGCGAACUUUGCCUUCCCUGACCUCGUGCAGGGCGGCCAGUCGAACGAGAUAAAGUCGAGGGCCAACGGCAUAGUGACCGGCGGCGGCCGGGCGAACGCCGCGGGUGGAGGAGUCAACGGCUCCGUUGGCCGCGUCAUCGGCCCGGCCGGUGGCGUCCACAGGCCGAGACCCGGACUCGGGACCCUCUCCAAGAGAUCACUGGCCUCCGGGCACCAAGGCCCCGUCACGCUCAACACCCAACUAUCCAACGUAUCGCGCAAUGGAAAAGUCCAGCUGCAGAUAAUAUGCCAGCCGGAGCAGCAGCACAGGGCCCGCUAUCAGACCGAGGGCUCGCGGGGCGCCGUCAAGGACCGCACGGGCAACGGCUUCCCGAUCGUCCGGCUCGUCGGCUACGACAAACCCGUCACCCUACAGGUUUUCAUAGGGACGGAUCUCGGCCGAGUGGUGCCUCACAUGUUUUACCAGGCGUGCCGGGUGAGCGGGAAAAACUCGACGCCGUGCACCGAGCGCAAGGUGGACGGGACCAUUGUCAUCGAGGUCGACAUGGACCCCCUCAAGGACAUGCUCGUCACGUGCGACUGCGUCGGGAUACUCAAGGAGCGCAACGUCGACGUCGAGCACCGUUUUCCCCACGAGGCGGGCAUACUCCAGGGAAGGAGCAAAAAAAAAUCGACCCGUUGUCGCAUGGUCUUUCGCGCUAGCAUCACCCACGACGACGGCGCCACCGAGACCCUCCAGAUCUGCUCGCAGCCCAUCGUUUGCACCCAGCCCCCGGGUAUCCCGGAGAUCUGCAAAAAGUCGCUGACCUCGUGCCCGUGCACGGGCGGCCUCGAGCUCUUCAUCCUGGGCAAAAACUUUCUCAAGGACACGCGCGUGGUCUUCCAACUGGACGGGGACGAGCUGGCCAACUCGCUCGAGCCCCACUGGGAGUGCACCGUCGUCCCCGACAAGGAGUUCCUGCAGCAGACCCACCUCGUGUGCGUCGUGCCCCCCUACAGGCGGCAGGACCUCGAUCCCGCGGAGACCAUCGGCAUCAAGCUGUACGCGAUAUCGUCCGGCAAGACCAGCGAGCCCCACGCCUUCGUCUACACGGCGGCCUCGGCUCCGCCUGCCCCCUCCCUAGGCAAGCUCGACGGCGCCACUGUCAGCUUGGUCACGACCAACAGCAACGACGCCAUCCUCGCGCCAAAACUGCCCCCCAAGCCUCUAGUCGUGCCCAAUCAAGUCGCGACCGCCGACUUGUUGCCGGUGAGCGUGGGAUCCACCAAUUUUCUCGGUGCCAUUCAAUCCACAACGGUGGCGGCGGCAAACACGGUAGCUUCGGAAGUGCUGAAGAACGAGCCAAGCCCGCCCCCGGUGAGCGUCCCGACCCCGGUGACGCCGGUCAUGCUGUGGAGCUCGCAGCAGCCGACCGGCCCACCUGGCCCCGUCGACGUCAUGAUGCCCCCGCCCAACAGCAUUGUGGCCGGUUCGCUCAUGGGCCGCAGGCCCUCGGCGGGCAUACAGCUCAUCAUGCCCGACAACCUCAAGACCGAGGUGCUGGACGAGAACAGCGAGAGCAGCCUCAUGGGCGAGAACAGCUUGCCGGGCAUGCCGAACGGGCCCACGGCUACGAGCUCGGGCGGCCUCGAGCACCUCGUCAGCGAGAACUCGAGGGACGCCUCGCAAGCGGGUCUCCUGCGGAGCACCGUAACGACGAACGGCUCGCCGGUCCAGGACGGCCUUCUUGGCGUCGUGGACCUCAUGCGCGGUCAGCACCCCAUGGCCCUCGUGCCCCAACAAUCGGCCUUUGCCGGCCUGCAGGAAGCAUCACAGGUGAAGGUGCUGAGUCCGCAUCGCAUAAACAAGGACAACGGUCCGAUAUUGGGGAGCGACGCGAGCCUAACUAACAGCAUGCAGAACACGGGGGUGGUGGAUUUGCGCAUGAAGCACCACCAGUCCGAGUUCAACGGUAUCGGGAACGGCAGCCUCGGUAGUUUCGCCAUCACUCCCGCCGACCAGCCGCUGCCCGCCCAGACUGGCCAGAGCAUUGAAAAGUACCUCAAUCAAAUCGAAUCGACGCCCAAAAAGCCCGAGGAAGCUAACUUUGUCCGAGCCUCCAUAAUAGCGACGGGCCAGCAGCAGCAGCAGCAGCAGCAGCAACAACAGCCAACGAGUCUGCUGGCGUCCGCGUCGGCCGCGGUGCCCCUGGACAACCUCGUCGACAAUCACCAGAUCGUAUCGCCUCUCGGAGCCGCCAACUCGAGUCCGAAUACGAUGAUCAGCCAAGUGACGUCGGACACCAUCGUCAGUCCACAACAGGCGACGUCGAGUCCCGCUCUGCCUGUGAAAAACAUGCUGCUGGAGGCUCUCAUGCCCACGACCAGCAUAUCCCCGCUGAGUGUCGAGAGCAAUUCCAGCGUGGUGGCCAACGUUUCGGCGGUCCAAGUGCAAGAUCCGUCCCAGGACAAUAGCUUGCUGAAGUCGAUAAACACGGCACUGCUGCCCAGCAUGCAGGACUCGUCUGUCACGGCAGUCGGUGCCGCUGCGACGAGCGUCAACCCCAACGUGAGCGUCACCUCGCACAAUACCCUGCAAGUCACCGCCAACGAGGUCAUACCCAGCGCGGUGGCCACCAUGGCUCUGGUACAGGAUACAGUGUCCAUCCAGCAGCAGGUCCAACAGGUCGAGCAAGUCGUGGCGCAGGCCGCGCAGCAAGUCGAACAGGUGGUGGCUCAAGCUCAGCAGCAAGCGGUUCAGGCGGUGCAGCAGGCGCAGCAGCAGGUGGUCCACCAAGUGGUGGCGCACGCCCAGGCCGUGCAGAUGGCGGUGAAGAACGCCCAGACAGUGGCGCCAACCGAGCCCGAGGUCCAGCAGGUCAUGCAGCAGGUGACCCACGAGGUCGUCCAACAAGCCGUGCAACAGGCGACCCACGAGGUGGUCCAGCAGGUCCAGGCGGUCCAGCAGGCCGUCCAACAGGCCCAGGCGGCUCAGGCCAUGCAACAAGCCGUCCAGCAGGACAUCAGCUCCAUGCUCAAUCAACCCGCGGGUUUUGUCGCCGAGGCGAGCUCGGCUCUGGCUAGCGGUGCGUCCCAAGAGCCCAGCCAACAACGGCUCACCAACGAGGCCGAGAUGGCCAUCAACAGCGUCAUAACCAACGCCACCCAGGACAUCAUCAACAACACAAAGCCCAUCACUACCACGACCGCUCACGCCAUUAUUGCCACCAAAAACAUACUCAACAGCGUCGCCACGGAGAGCGCCAAGCUGAUGAACAGCGCGAUGGAGGGAAUCCUGCCAAAGUCGCCGACCGCCUCGCAGACGAUAGUCGAGCAGGUGGCGUGCAAGUCGCCGACGAUAGGCUCGAUGCAGAUGCAGGCGGCGCCGAACGACCGGGCCGCGCUGGUCGGCCAGCAACCGGUGCCGAUGCAACAGCAGCCGACGGAACCCCAGCCUCAGGUUGUGCCGCAGAUCAACGCCGUUGUCAGGAGGGCGGAUGGAAAUCCCAACGGUAUGAUUUCCCAGGAGCUCAUGACGGACCACGACCUGCUCAACUACUUAAACUCGGGCUGUUUCGAUCCACAGAGUGGAUUCCUCAUUUAGUCUGCGAAACGUUUGUUUAUACAUUUACUGUUUUCUUUCCCCCCCCCCUUUCUUUUGGAGCAAGAGCUCAUCCAGACCUGAUGAGUGUUCUGCUAUCAACGGUUACUGCUUUUUUCUUUUUGUGUAGAUUUUUCUCAUCGUUAUUAUUAUUAUCAUUAUGAUGAUGAUUAUUACUGUUGCGUU